CGCGCGCCCUUGGAUUGUGCCCCGCAGGGGUCUGACUCCGCAGCCGGGGGCGACCACUCGCGGCUGCCGCUCGGCUGCGAAGGGAAAGCACGUCCUGGGCGCCGCUCCUGGAGGCUGACCCCAACAUUGUAACGGUGUCUGUGAUUGGACAGCGUCUGUCCCCGCCUCGCCUCCCCCUCCCGGACAAGAGUCGUCUUUACUUUUUCUCAGACAAGGAAGGGGUGAAAGGAACCGAGAAGCUCCAGAUAGCGGAGCGUGUUUCUCCAGACUUCUUAUUUCCAGAGCUUGGAAAAGUUACUUUGUGAACUACAACUCCCAUCAGCCCAAUCCAGUGGCCAUGCUGGCUGAGGCUGAUGGGAGUUGUAGUUAAAAAAAAGUAACUUUUCCAAGCUCUGCUUAUUUCUAUGGAUGUAAUAUAGAGCCGAUCAGAGACGGGGAUGCGGGCGGACGCCUCACGUGACGCAGCGGAAUAGUGGCAGGCCGCGCGGUUUGUCAGCUGCGCAUGUGUGCCCGCAGCGUUGCUUUCCGCUCUCCCGGUUGGCUCUCGGCUUCGUGAUCGGUUCGAUCCGGCGGGAGCAAAACGUCCGGCUGCUGCUGCAAGAGAAGUAACAGGCACGCACCCGCCCCGCAGGAUGUGGCCGUAUGACAGGUGACUCAAUGAGUAUGUUUUAAAUGGCAGAUGAAAUGCCAACCUAAUUGCAAGUCUGGUACAAACAAUUGGAGCGUCAUGAUGGAUGUGGGAAAGUGGCCAAUAUUUACAUUGCUUUCACCUCAAGAAGUAGCAACUAUCCGAAAAGCAUGUGUUUUUGGAACAUCUGCUAAUGAGGCUAUAUACAUCACCCAUAAUGAUGAGGUAUUUGUAUUGGGACUAAACUGUAGUAAUUGUUUGGGAACUGGAGAUAACCAGAGUACCAUUGUACCAAAGAAACUUGAAACUUUAUGUGGAAAGAGGAUUUGCAGUCUCAGUUAUGGAAGUGGACCACACGUGGUACUUAGUACAGAAGAUGGUGAAGUUUACGCCUGGGGACAUAAUGGAUACAGUCAACUUGGAAAUGGGACCACGAACCAGGGUGUUACACCCAUUCAAAUCUGUACUAAUUUGCUAAUUAAAAAAGUAAACGAAGUAGCUUGUGGCUCCCAUCAUUCUUUAGCACUAUCAUCUGAUGGAGAUGUAUAUGCCUGGGGCUAUAACAACUGUGGGCAAGUUGGGUCAGGAUCCACAGCAAAUCAGCCAACUCCUCGCAAAGUUUCCAAUUGUUUGCAGACCAAAGUGGUUGUCAGCAUUGCAUGUGGUCAGACGUCUUCAAUAGCUGUAGUAGACAAUGGUGAGGUAUAUGGCUGGGGUUACAAUGGCAAUGGUCAACUAGGUCUGGGAAACAAUGGCAACCUGUUAACCCCAUGCCGAGUGGCUACACUCCAAGGUGUAUGUGUAAUGCAGGUUGCCUGUGGCUUUGCACACACACUAGCACUAACCGAUGAGGGCUUGCUCUAUGCUUGGGGAGCUAACACUUACGGGCAGCUGGGAACUGGCAAUAAAAGUAACCAGCUAAGCCCAAUGCAGAUCAUGAUGGAAAAGGAGAGAGUAGUAGAGAUUGCAGCUUGCCACUCUGCUCACACUUCUGCUGCCAAGACACAGAGUGGCCUGGUGUACAUGUGGGGCCAGUGCCGGGGGCAGUCGGUGGUUCUCCCACAUGUGACUCACUUUUCUUGCACUGAUGAUGUGUUUGCUUGCUUUUCUACUCCUCCUGUGAUGUGGCGUCUCCUCUCAGUAGAGCACGACGACUUCUUAACAGUGGCAGAGUCUCUGAAGAGGGAGUUCGAUAGCCCUGAAACCUCGGAUCUAAAAUUUAGAGUAGAUGGAAAAUUCAUUUAUGUACAUAAAGCUGUCUUGAAAAUCAGGUGUGAGCACUUUCGUACUAUGUUCCAGUCAUACUGGAAUGAAGACAUGAAGGAGGUGAUAGAGAUAGACCAGUUUUCCUAUCCAGUGUACCGUGCUUUUCUUGAGUAUCUCUACACAGACAGCAUCGAUCUGCCACCUGAAGAUGCUAUAGGACUUCUGGAUUUGGCUACAUCAUAUUGUGAAAACAGACUGAAAAAACUGUGUCAGCAUCUCAUCAAAAGAGGAAUCACAGUGGAGAAUGCUUUCUCAUUGCUCUCCGCAGCAGUCCGCUACGAUGCGGAGGAUUUAGAAGAAUUCUGCUUUAAGUUUUGUGUCAAUCACUUGACUGAAGUCACCCAGACUGCAGCUUUUUGGCAAAUGGAUGGUUCUCUGCUAAAGGAAUUCAUUGCUAAAGCCAGUAAAUAUGGAGCCUUUAAGAACUGAAAGGUGUAGCUGUCUUUUUUGGAUGUUUCAGCCAUAGCUGAUAUGAUUUCAUGCAGUUCUUUCAAGUUGGUCAGUGAGGUGUAUCACAUGCUGUACAACAAAUACUUGUCCUGUAGUUGUGCUUUUAAAUGUGCUCUGAAUCAAGCAAGCAAGAUUUGAUUUAAUUUGGAUUACUCUAGAUAGCUGGAUGCUUCUACAGUUUUGAACAAUUUGGGAGAGGGAAGAAUGGAAGGAAUUGCAGGAUGUAGGGAGACCAGAAAUCUUCCAGAAACUUGGCUUGUGCAGUCAUGGCUCUUCUAUCUAUUUGAUAUUACUGAUUAUCAGGGUCUCUUACUGUUUUCAGCUGGCGCAAAGAUGCUUCACCACAUGGAACUAUGUGGAAGAGGGGUGGUGGGAUGAAGUAUUUUUGCCUAAUUUCCUGUCCCAUUUGCAUAUAUUUGAAGGAAGCUUGCUGUCACAUUAUGCAACAAAGGACUUUGUCUAUGAAACAAUUGUGUAUUGAAUCUGUUAAACUUUGUAUCUGUUAAACUUGAAGGAUCAUUUAUGUAGUAUUUCAUAAUCUAAUUGUAAUUAAAUUAUUGCUUCCAUACCUUUUGACAUGUAAGCUGUCAAAUUGUGUGGUUGGUGGCCCUAUUUUGGGGGCUUAAAGUUGUUAAAAGCAGAAUGCUGGUGGGAAAUAUUUUGCAUUUAAAUUAU